AUGCCGCUGUCCCCAGGCGCCGUGACCCCCGUGAAGGACCAGGCCGUCUGCGGGUCCUGCUGGAGCUUCGCCACAACGGGCGCGAUGGAGGGUGCCCUCUUCCUCAAGACCGGCGUGCUGACCCCCCUGUCCCAACAAGUCCUCAUCGACUGCUCCUGGGGCUUCGGGAACUACGCCUGCGAUGGAGGCGAGGAGUGGCGAGCCUACGAGUGGAUCAUGAAGCACGGCGGCAUCGCCAGCACCGAAUCCUAUGGCACCUACCUGGGGCAGAACGGCUUGUGCCACUACAACCAGUCUGAGAUGCUGGCCAAGAUCACGGGCUAUGUCAACGUCACCUCGGGCAACAUCACGGCGGUCAAAGCUGCCAUCUACAAGCACGGCCCCGUGGCUGUCAGCAUUGACGCCUCACACAGGACCUUCUCCUUCUACUCCAACGGCAUCUACUACGAGCCCAAGUGCGCGAACAAGCCAGGAGCGCUGGACCACGCGGUGCUGGCUGUGGGCUACGGGGUCUUGCAGGGAGAGACCUACUGGCUCAUCAAGAACUCCUGGUCCACGUACUGGGGCAACGAUGGCUACAUCCUCAUGGCCAUGAAGGACAACAACUGCGGCGUGGCCACUGAAGCCACCUACCCCAUCCUGGCCUGA